AUGCUCCGAUUCCUCCUCACCCGCGAAGUCGCCCAAGACCCUCCCUCAACCCUUCGCCGCGCCCAAAACACCCGCGCAACAUACUCCCUCUCUCCCUCCCCAUCCUUCUCCCUAAAAACACGGCAUUAUGGGGCUGUUAACGCGUUAGCGGUGGAGAAGGUCGAGAACCGGUAUCUCCUCUCCGCGGGCGCGGACGCGAUCAUUAAUUUAUGGGACCUCGAAGCCAGCAGCGGGGGGGUGGUAGAUACGCUGUCCACGGCGAGUUUACCAACUACGGCGACACCUAGCUCGGUAAAGUGGUGGACAGGCGACACCGGGAUGUUUUCGACGACACACCACGACCACUCACUCCUCAUCUGGGACACAAACACCUUCUCCACCGCUGCACGAUUCCCACUCGGUCCCGAGGCGCCUAUCCGAACCCAUGCUCCCUCCGCACAUGGUGGAGUGAAUCCGGUUAUUGCAGUAGCGUUGGGGUCACCUGGGGUUCGACUCGUCGACCUACGCACGUCGUCCGCGGCACACACCUUGACCUCCCCAUACUCGAGAUCAGGAACAUUGGACGUCGCAUGGUCCCCCCGCUCCCCCCACCACAUAGCGUCAACUCACGACGACGGCUCCCUCCGCCUCUGGGAUAUCCGCCGCGCCUCACCCCUCCUGCAUACGACACGCGCACAUUCUUCCGGCGCGACGGGAGUGGAGUGGACGAGUGAUGGAGGGCAGGUGGUUACUGCGGGGUGGGAUGGGAAGAUGAGAGUUUGGGAUGUUGAACAGGGAAGGGAUUGUGUUGUGAAUUUUGGUCCUUGGAUUACGAAU